AUGUUGCUUCUGAUGGUAGGUAACCUCAUCAUCAUUCCAGUUGGCAUCACUUUCUUCAAGGAAGAGAACACACCUGCCUGGAUUGUCUUUAAUGUGGUAUCCGAUACUUUUUUUCUUGUGGACCUGGUGCUCAACUUCCGCACGGGCAUCGUAGUGGAGGACAAUACAGAAAUCAUCCUGGAGCCACAGCGUAUCAAAAUUCGAUACUUGAAGAGUUGGUUUCUUGUUGAUUUCGUUUCAUCCAUCCCUGUGGACUACAUCUUCCUGAUUGUAGAGACACGCAUUGACUCAGAGGUAUACAAGACCGCCAGGGCCCUAAGAAUUGUCCGUUUCACUAAAGUGCUCAGCUUAUUACGGCUACUAAGACUUUCAAGGCUUAUUCGUUACAUUCACCAAUGGGAGGAGGUAGGUCUGCACUAAUCUGAACACCUUUUGUGACAUUUGAUUAUUGUGAAAGUCACUUUAAACACUGCUUUCAUGAGGCCGAGGGGUAAUUCAUUUUCAGCCCGUCCUCAUCUGCUACUGCAGAUUGUCAUCCUAUGACCCUAUCUAAUGUAUUUCACUUAUUUACUGCUCAGGCUGUAGUUUUUGUAAUUAUGUCUUCAUGGCCAAGCUCAGUUCGUGGUAUGAUCAUUUGCAGAUCUUUCACAUGACCUAUGACCUGGCGAGUGCUGUGGUGCGUAUUGUGAAUCUGAUUGGAAUGAUGCUGCUUCUAUGCCACUGGGAUGGCUGCUUGCAGUUCUUGGUACCAAUGUUGCAAGAGUUCCCCGAUGACUGCUGGGUAUCUUUAAAUCAUAUGCAGGUGAGUUACCCACGGUAUUCUCAAAUAUUUCAUUUUUAACAAUUGAAUCAGUCAAUGCAGAUUAAACCAUAUAAAAUUACCAACAGAAACUAAAAUGGGUAGUAAUGCCGUAAUAUAAAUAGAUUUUAUAUAACCUUGAUAUAUUUUAAACUGAAGUUGCAUUGGAAUUGGCUCUAAGAUGUGCUCUAUGCCAAAGCAGGAUUCCAGCUGUAAUUCAUGUUAUGGUCCAUGAUUAGAAAAUCAAUACAAAUAAUAAUAAAAACGUAUACCAGGAAAGGUACAUUCAGAUUACUCUGGUUUACAAGUACUUCCUGGGAGAGGUUAUACUCUUACCCAAUUUAAUGGUACUCAUUUUAUCUACCUUAGAAGGAUGAAGGGCAGAGUUUGGAUUUUAACCUGCAACCCUCAAGGGUUGAACAGAUUCUAUCGAUGAUGCAUUAGCCGACUGUGCUAUCUCACCAGAAGAUUAACACUUGCUCACUCCCAGUCAAAGGAACACUCCAGAUACAGAAAACACUUUAGUUUGUUGACGUUCUUUAUGUCUAAAUUCUUGCUUUUUUUUUUUUAAGUGCCAAUUUCAAUAGAAAUCAGUACUUUUCCAACAGGGGACAGACAUUUUUCCCAUGCUGUCAGACAGCCAGGAAGGUUUUCUUCGGCUUUCAUUAGCUCCACACAGAAAAUAGAAGCGGCAGGCCGAUUUCCCUCCUUUUCAUUGAGCUGUGCUACAGCUUAUUGAGAAGCAUUGAAAAGCCGCAAUCGCAUGCGUUUGUGUGUGUCUGCAGCUCCAUCCUAAAGGGUUUUCAGUGAGAAGCUUCUGAUUGGUGUAUUCCUCAGCAAACAGAAAGUCUGUGUCUGGAAUAAAGGGAAUGACUUGCAAAGGCUGAAGACAUCAGGUUUACAGCUUCUGCAAGCUAUUUUUUCAUGUACCCAAUCCAAUCAUAGAAAUCCCAAUGCAACUCAGUGAGAAGUCUUUACAAGGCAGGUGCUCUGCUCAGUUGCUGCUUCUUGAGAUAUCUCCACUGAGCUAUACAAACCAGGAAGUAACAAAACCUCUUCUCUGAUUGACAACUUGGGGGUGUAUUGAGUGGUGUAUUUUGAAUCUGUUCUGUCCUAGGCAUGACAGAACUCGGGCACCCCUUAAUUUAAAUUUACCCCACCCCUUCCUCUCAAGGCCACACCUCUUCCUGUUAAAGGCUAACAGACACUUUGACAGACAUACACUCUCAGAUACACUGACAUACACACACACACUCACUGAUUUGACACAAUCUGACGGACACAGAAUCACUGAGAGACAUGGACAAACUCACUGACAGACACACACACACUGAGUGGCAUACACAAUCACUCAGACACACACACACAUACACACACACAUUCACUGACAGACACACAUGCUCACUCACUCACACACAAUCACUCAGACACACAGGUUCCCUCACAGAGGGUUACAAGACAUUUGCUUGGGCAUUUUGGGGCGGCAUUUUUUGGUCUGGGUUUAAGUAGGAAGAGGGAAUGGGAGCCCUGCCAUGAGCAAUGGUCUAUGGGCCUCUUUAACUGGAUGGCCCCCUUAGGAUAGUAGGUGUCCUCGCCCCCUUUGUGUGUGGGAUGCUAUGUUGGUUUGCCCCUCAUCUAGUUGUUCCCCACAAUGCUCCCAGAUCUGGGAUGGGUUCUCCAGGGUUCUAACACCCUGAUGGGAUCUUAUAGCAUGUGAGGGACACCCCAAAUGUCACAAAGGAUGCUUACUGAAGGUGAGGUGGGCCAAAGGCUAGACAAGAUGCUCCUCUCUUUGUCGACUAACAUCUUUAUUCUAAUAUAGUCUACUAAAAUUCUGGAGAUUUAGCUGACUAAAACUAAUACAAUUCAGAUAACUAAAAUACGACUUAAACUAGAAUGGCCUUUUAGUCAAAAGACUAUGACUAAAACUAAAUUUAUAUUUGCCAUCAAAAUUAACACUGCAACCCACGUGGAGUGGUUGCAGAGGCCAUGUGGGUAAAACACAUGGGGGCUGAGAGAAUGAGACACAUGGGGGGCUGAGGGAUUGUGACACAUAGGGGUUAGGGGAAUGAGAUACAUGAGGGGGCUGGGGGAAUGAGACACAUGGGAGGGCUGGGGGAAUGAGACACAUGGGGAACUGGGGGAAUGAGACAUAUGGGGGCUGUGGGAAUGAGUCACAUGGGGAGCUGGGAGAAUGAGAAACAUGAGGGGCUGGGAGAAUGAAACGCAUGGGUGCCUGGGAGAAUGAGACACAUGAGGUGGCUGGAGGAAUGAGACACAUAGGGGCUGAGGGAAGGGAAAAAAAGGGGGGACUGGGGUAGAAAUGAGCACAUAGAGAGGCUUGCGGGGAUUGAGACAUAUGGAGGUGCUGAAGGAAGGAAUUGAGACACAUGGGGAGCUGGGGGAAUGAGGCAUGUGGAUGAGAUGAGAUGCAUGGAGGGGCUGGGCAACACACAAAGCAACAUAGAAGGGCUGGGGGAGAAAGAGGCAAGGUACUGGGAUGAAGAGAUACACAAGUAGUGCUACUGAGAGAAAGAGACUCACAGAGGGGCUGGAAGCGAGGCAAAGAGCCACAAAGAGGCUGGGGAAGGGGCAAAAGAGACAGACAGGGACUUGGGGGGUUAAAACCCAGAGGGGCCGGGGGGACACAAUAAGACACAAAAGAGCUGGGGAAGGGGCAAAAGAGACAGACCGGGACUUUGUAAAAAGACACGCAGAGAUGCUGGGGAACAAAGAAGGUCUGGGAAAGGUGCAAAAGAGACAGAGGCUUAAAUUAAACCCAUUAGAUUUUAGUCAUGUCAACUAAAGUCUAUUGGAGAUUUAGUCAACAAAAAACAGACUAAAACUAAAACAAUUCAGAUGACUAAAAUACAACUAAAACUAAAAUGACUUUUUAGUCAAAAGACUAUGACUAAAACGAAAUUUAAAUUUGCCAUCAAAAUUAAAACUGCAAACCAUGUGGAGCGGCUGCAGGGGCCUGCGGAUGAGGAGCGAGUGUGGCGUACCUUGUACUCGCGGUGCGCCACCGAAGAACUGUGGACCUUGCCGAUGGCCAGGAAGAGAGCUUGGCACAUCCCUCACUCCCAAGACUCAGAGAUCCACGUGGUGUCCUGUGAGUGAGUGAGUAAGUGUGGCCCACCUCCUUCUCCCGUCACGCAGUGAAAGCCUCCUCCUUGGAGUCUGAACCUAGUGCUCAUUCAGAGGAUUUGCAGUUAUUCUGGAUGUUGUGUGGGUUUAAUUUGUGGAAAUUUCUUCUCCUAGGGUGUGUGGGUUCAACGUUUGUGUCUCCAUUCUGAGCCCCUUAUGUUUUUUUUAUAAGGUUCACAGUCUUGUUGACUGAGAAUUCCUUUUUGUCAAAAGUAAAGUCAAGGAGAGAUUGUGGCAUAGUUUGGAUAUUGUUUCUUUCUCUCAAAUUUUAUGUUAGGCCUUUUAGGAUAUUUUUUUGGGCACUCUUUGGGUCAAAAUUCUUCAGCUGUUAUUCUUGCCAGUUGGCUCAAGUUCAUGAUCCUGAGGCUUUCACCAGGCAAGGUCACUGCUUUUUCUACAAACUUGGUGGCUACCUUGUGGGCCUUUCAUCAUGAGGUUUCCAUGGACCAAAUCUGCAAGGCAGCCACUUUGCAUACAUUUCCAAAUAUAGUUUUGAUGUUUUUGUGUCCAUUGCGUAGCAUUAUAGGUGUUCCUUUCUCCUCCAGUUGGGAGAGGCUAUAUAUCAGAAAUAUCAUAAAGUGUGGGCUCUCACCAUCUAAAAGGAAAUAAAUUGGACAGAUAAAAUACAAAUGUUUGUACUACUGUACACAGUGAUGUAGCCAUCACGAGGCAAACAAGGCAUUUGCCUUGGACGUCACUUUGCAGGGGGCAGCAAAAAAAGCCGCCCCCAAACGCCCAGGCAGAUCCCUUGUUUGCCUCGUGUCCUGAGUAGCUCAAGAGCUGGCCACUUUUGAGGCCCCCCCUCCCCCCCUGAGGCGGGCAGCGAGGGAGCAUGCUCACCUGAGCCCUGCUCAGCUCCCUCCCGCGCCCCUUAAUGAAGCCUGGACCCGGAAUAUGACGUCAUUCCGGCCCUCAGCAUCACUAAGUUUGAAUAAGAAUAUAGUGCAAAUCACUACAGCUAUUGAUUGGCUCCGAAGUUUGCUAAUAAUAAAUUAGCAUCUGUCCUAUUAUAUUGUUUAGUGAACAAUAUGCUCUCCACAAGUGUAUUAAUUUUGCCUUUCAGAAUGCAGAAGCUGUAAUAGACUUGCAAAAUGAAAUUUUAUGUAAAGACAUUGCAAAGUUGCCGUGCACCCUGGUCACGGAAUGCACAUGCAGCAUCAAAAUAUGUUACUCUUCCAAAAUGCAGCAAACCGUAUCAUGUAGUGUUGGAUAUGGACCAGUGUAACCUCACACCUGUGGAAAUAUUUAUUUACGAUCUGAUCAAUACACUGUUACAAAUCCAAUUUAGCUCAGUGAUGAUGUUUAGAGAUGUGAACUGAUUCAAAUUUCAAGGCAAACCAUGUAUAUUACUCUCCAGAAAAUGAGAGGGAGGGAGUAAUAUAAAAAUAGCAAGUAAGAGCAUGUUAAAUAACAGUGUUUCAAAUACUAAAUAGCUGUACCAUACACACCUGAACAAAAUGCAGCGGCAGAGAGGACAACGCGGAUAGCAGUGAAGAUGAUUAGAUUGCAUCUACUCCAAAGAUACUAAUGAGGACCUAUAAUGAUGCUGACUUAAUUACGUAACUGUCUGUGUUUUAUGUCUGAGCACUCCAUUAAAUAUAAAAUGUGUCAAAGGCAUAUUAAUGUGUUUAGAUGUACAUUUUACUUGUUUGAGACUGUUAAACAGGAAAACUGUUAAACUUGCUGCUAGUCAGUUUAUGCCACGUGAAAGACUGUGAGGACUUUAUAACAUAUAGACAUGUCCUUUUUUACAAAAAGUGAGCAAAAAUUGUCUUAAUACUGCUCUAGGAAAUGUAAAUCAAUACCACCGGGGUAAAAGAUGGCAGGAAGGGGCAAAUAAAUAGAAAGGUAUGAAAUAUGAGGAAUGAUCAAUGCAUGGGGCCAUGAUACGGUAGAGAGGGACGAUUAAAUAGGGGUAUAUGGGAUGGAAAGAAAGGGUAGUGAAAUGUGGGGAUAAGAGAUGGGAAGAAAGGGCAAGGGAAUGGUGUAGAAGAGAUAAGAGUAAAGGACAAUGGAAGGGUUACACUAAGAGCAGGGGAGGCAGGAGGACAUAAGCAACAUUUACACUAACAAGGAGUAAUUAUACUUUGCCGAUAUCUAGCAUUGGCUUGCGCCAACAUUGGCCAAACGAUAGAGCCUCAAAACCCUAUACACAUCCUAAGAACAUCCCUAGCCAUAGAUACUAAUACAAGACAGAAAAGCAAAAGGAAACUCUUACAACAGUAAAUCAACUGAAAUGGAAUAGAAAAACAAUCUGCACUAUGCGCCUUCUCCAGGACGUGGAGCAAAUGGCACAAAGUGGAUUCCAUGUUUUUGUAGAGUAGGUCUCUGGACCAUGUGGACUUCUCCUCCAAACCCAGGGCUGUGUAGGAGGCCGUGGCGUCUUACAUAGUGGUUGGAGUAUGUACAGACCCAUUUUUUGACACCGACAAGAACCUAGGAGCUUUCCAUCUGUAGGUCAUGCCUGCUUCCCUUAGCCAUUGUCGGGUGGACCUUGGCAGGUCCUGAUAAAAUGUAAGGUGUUUUGCCUCAUACCGCUGUCAUAGUACGUUGUUUGUCUUGUAAUAUUUGACAGUGUAGUAUAACAUCUCGAGUAGCUGCUGUAGGAGCAUUCAGGGAUUUGCUGAUGGGGUACACCCCAUCCAAAGCCAAUUUCUUGGAGUCAUUGGGGAGGAAGUAUUGAUGACAUGAGGCCACAGUCUGGUUGAUAUCCAUUAUGUCUUCCUCUGUGGACAGGAUUCGGUCUCUCAACACCUGCAUGUCUGCCUUCUUCAACCCAAGAUCCGCUUGGAAUAAUUUUUUUAAGUUUUGAAUGACUUGUUUGGUUGCUGAAGUUGUUGCUGGUGAUAGUUAUGAGGGUAUAGGAAAGUCCACAGUUGACCCUUAGUCCCAGUGAUCUUACUUUUUUAUCCAUAUCUAUCGUUUUAUGAGAUGUUGAACAGGGAGAUAUAUGUGCCAAUAUCCUGGCUGUCUGAUUGUCUCUGCUGUCAGCUUUGCAAGAUCACCGGAGGGUGUAAGCAGUAGGAUUAGUUCUCUGCCAAGUGCUCCUCUUAUUGGACAUGAGGUUCCUCUGGGCUGAAUUGUGAGGUAAGCCCCAGAACUUUUGCGCUGUUUUUUUGUGCACUGGUAAGAAGAGAUAUGGCAUUAGCGUAGCUAAGACUACUCGAGGAAGGGAUACCAUUGAUUAUUAGUUGUACCAGGUGGUUUACGCCAGUUAGUGGCCAAUAUUUAGUGAAAGAAUGGUGCAUUUGUGGCUCUGACACUAUGCUCUGCCAUAUGUCCAACAUAUUUAAAUUGCAAUAGUGAAGAUAGAAGCCACACUCAAUCUCAUCAGCCACCUGGUGCUCCAGAGCAGGACCAGCAAUCCCACAACGAUAAGGCAAAAAAUAAUAAUUCUCCAGGCACUCAAGGUGUUCAAGCUACAGGCAGUUUUAAUAGAACAGAGAAGAGCAGCAACGUUUCAACCUGCUAAGAGGUCUUUGUCAGCUUGACAAAGACCUCUUAUCCUGCGGCUUGAACACCUUGAGUGUCUGUAGAAUUUCAUUUUCAACAUACUUAAAUAGCUAACCACACAUAGAUAUAAACAAAUGGGCACGCAAACAUAAAAGUCCAUACACAGCAGACAUACUGGGCUAUGCCCUAUAUAUACACAGAUGCUCACGCUCCAUAUUAUACUCUAGUCCUACAUAAACGACUUCACGACACCCAACCCUUACACCAUGGUUAAAUCCAAGUUACUCGACACACCCGGUUAUAGACCCAUAAACGCACAGUGCCGUAGGGCAAGCGGUAAAACAACACACCAUUAGAACACUCAAAGGGACAGGUGGCUUACAAGCCCAAACCCUGUACCAGAGACACACUACCACCCAGGUGCUGAACCUCUGCACCUCACCACAUAGCCCACUAACCCACCUCUGGUAAAGUCAGCCAGCUCGCUAUAACUAACAAGCCCGUCAAAUGCCGAUAUGCACUGUGGGCCAUAAUACGGAUCACGAAAUGUUUGAACUAUGGUUAUUUCGUUAUACUUCAUGCAUAUGUUGUUGUGGCAUACCCAGACAUGUAUGUACCCCCACACAUUUUCAGUAAAAGACAUAAAAUUACAUAUGGUUACAUUGAUAAAACAUACACAUUCUACAUAUCCCCAGAUAGCUUAGAUCUGAGCGCACAUUAUUGCCGAAUGGCGCUCAGAUCACAUACAUACAGUUCAAUUGCCAUGGAGCCAAAGUCUUUCCCAUAGUCUUUCGUUACACAAAUAGGCUCCAUGGCAUAGCUAUUUGGGGUGAUGCUGUUCAUACGGUUAAACUACCGAAUGAACAGUCAUUCGGUUCCACUACCGAAUGCAGAGGUAAGGAGGCUGGCGGCUCAGCUUUGUUCACGCAAAUAAGUGCCCGUUUUCAGUUCCAUAGUUUGGGCGCUGAACACCGCUGGCCGUAAAAUGGCCGCUGCCACGUAUUCGGCAAACGAACAAAGGCCACCCAGCGUUCGUCAAUUAAGCUGCAGUUAACCGCAGGUUCUGGGCGGUCAAUUGACGGCACACUCCAGUUCCCAGGUGGUCGAUUGUUCGGUACUUUGUUCGGUAGAUUGAAUCUACCGAACACCCUGGCAGAAAGGAACGAAUAAGCCUUUCUGCAGGGAAAAUAAAAGGUUUUAAAUGCUGGGCCAUAGUCUAAAGGGAGCAGGGGAGCAACCAGGCUUCUCCAGUGGACAGUGGCGAGGCUAGUUUCACCACAUUAUCCAUAAAACCUCAGAUCAUUUUCUGAAAACAUGGAUUGGUUGGAGGUUUUUGCCCCAUCAGAGCCUUUCUCAAAACCUCCUAGUGGUGUUGUCCUCUCGUGGUGUGGCCCUUGAGAGGGGAUCUGUCUACCGCCCAUCUGGUGUGGACUCUUAAUUAGCACUCUCCUUCUCCUCUCUUUCACCAUUUUCUGAGUAUCUCUCUCUUUACUCUUUAGUUCUGUGUUAUUUUAUCCUGCUAGAUGUGAUUGGUUUCUGUCCCUAAUUCAUUCCCCUCAUAUGCCUUCUACAUGUUUGUCCUGAAUUUUGUUUUAUUAUCUCUCAAUAAAUUGUUACAAAAUGACAAACGUUCAGUGAAGGUACAGGAAUCUGAGAGAGGUCCACAUGAGAAUACGGCUACCACCCUGCAAAUUGUCAUACACUGCUAAAAUAAUUGGAAUAAAUGAAUCAAAAUUCAUAAUAAGGGCUAUAUAUAGGACACAAGGUCACGCAUUUAGGCUGGAGGAAAUGAGAUUUAAUCUAAGGCAAAGAAAAGUGUUUUUAUUACAGUACACAAUUUGAAGUUGCCCUCAUGAUGACAGCCAACAGGUCUUUAUUCCGGUCUAUAUAAGUGCACUGCUCAGAUAGUACUUUGCCCAUUGGUUGUUUUAGUUUUAUAGUUCGAGUGAUUUCUUGAUAUGUUGACUUGUUUCAGGAUUUCUGUUAUUUUUGAACUUGACUUGGUGUUCAGUUUAAUUGAUCUUCAGUAACCCUACAACUGGGCCCAUUCACUACUAUUCUUUUCUAUUCUCAGGAAUGUUUCUCCUCGCUAUAAGCACUGCUUUAAACCCAGGCACUCUAUGGUCUGGUAAUGCUCUCCUGUCCUACAUGACAGAAAGUAUGUUAUUGCAUGGAGAUACUCAAUAUGACAUCUUUAUGAAGGAGCCACCAAGAUUCCAGCUAUCUAAAGAACAGAACUUCCUAACCCGAGCUCCAGCCAUACUUUGAAAAUUUAUUUUAUAAGUGUAUUCAAACAAAGUUAUGGAUCACUAAAAAAAAAUGGAGUGAAUGCAGACUUUGAGAACUAGAAUGCAACAUCUUUGCAGAUGUUGAGAUCAUAAUAUUAAAAAAAUAAAAUAAAACAUGAGCAGUGUGCUCACAAAGAAGUAUUCUCUCAGAGUAACGCAGAUAAAUGCCGAAAUGCCAAGAAGCAAGAAGGGUAAAUUACUAUAUAUCCCAAUUCACACUGAUGAGAUAAUCACCUGCUUUGAACAAAAAGUUUAUAAAAAUGAAUAGAAUGGCUUGGAAAACUGAGCCAAAACUUUGAAAUUAAAUAACGGAUAAAAAAAAUAAUGAUUACAAUGUAAACUAUUUUUCACACACACAAAAAACCUACACAUUUCCUGGAAGUAGUAUACAAUGGGGAUGGCAGUAAUUUUUCUGGAGGGGGCCUGUCUCAGAAGACUGGAUAAUCCCCAUAAAAUCCUCAUAAAACCUACAGCUUACGCAGAGUGUUCAUCCCAGUAAACCCAUCUGGCCCAAGAGAUUGGUUUGGUUUAAAGAGGAAUUGCCACUUCUCAGACCUAUGAAAGUUAGAGAUGGUAGUGCUAUUUUAUUUAUUAAACAAUCUGUUUUUAUAUUUGGAUUUAAAGCAUAUCCCAGGAUUUGCAUGCCUAGCCAGAGCAUGACCUGCAGAUUACUUCGAUCCCCUUGGAACUUUGCACACAUGAGCAUGUGCUGGUACUUUGUAGGCACAUGCCCAAGCUCCGAAACACUCUCCACAAGUGAUGGCUGAUAUAACAAGAGCUAAUUCAUACAUCAUAGUAGGAGUAUUGUAACUCUCCGUAUCCUCAAAAAAUAUAUAAAUUGGUUAAUUUUACAGAUUAUAAUUCGGUUAGUAAUAUUAAUAAAUUCAACAUUUAGAUCUCAUAUGGGAUCUUGUCAAAAAUGAGGUGCACCCAUAAAUGGUGACCUAGGUCACUUACACUCCUUGUGUUAAAUAAAUAUAUAUACAAAAUAUAUAAUUUUAUAAAAAUAAAAAGAUUCCAUCAUUUUGGCAUUUAUUUAGGGCCUGUAGAAACCAAUAGUUUCCCCAUUGUUUUCCUCACAUAUGCACGGUGAAAGGGGCCAAAUAAUAUAAUUUUUAAUAAAAUAACAUAACGACUAGUGAGAAACAUUAAAUGUCAAUGGUGGACCAAAGUGUGAGCAGAUAUUGAUGGUUUACUGAUCAAAUAUGUAGCCAAUGCCACUCUUUACAUAGGUAGGUGUAUAUUUAUGAUGAGUUACAUGAAGAAUUGUAUUUAUUUGAAGCAGUAAAUGCUUGAAUAUCAGAGGUCACUAAUGCAGGUAGGUCCCAGUAUAUUAAGCAUAACUUCAAGAGCAUUGGUUCAGAUAUAUUGUUUAGCUCUUGUUGGAAAUAAAAUAGGGCACUCCAGGAUACCGUGGUUUUGUUUGUGUUGCCAAACCAUACAGUUCAUUGUAGUUACACAAUUUUUUCAGAAUAAUGUAGGAAGUUCUUCAGAAGUUGUAUGUAGACUUUAUAAGAAUAAUCUCUCCCUCUUUCUGUCUGUCUCUCUAUCACAGAAUGCCUCAUGGGGGAAGCAAUAUUCGUAUGCCCUUUUCAAGGCCAUGAGUCACAUGCUGUGCAUCGGGUACGGGCAACAGGCACCUGUGGGCAUGUCAGAUGUCUGGCUCACAAUGCUCAGCAUGAUUGUAGGUGCCACGUGCUACGCCAUGUUCAUUGGACAUGCUACUGCCCUCAUCCAAUCCCUGGAUUCUUCACGACGCCAGUAUCAAGAAAAGGUAGACAUUCAAGGCACAGAAGUGACACUAAUGUUUUACAACAUGCUAUUACAAUAGAGUUCUUUAUUGCAGGCUCUAUUCCUUUUCCUUGUCACGACCACAUUUUUAUGGUCUAUUAAUCUAGUGAUCUAAGAUUUGGGAUAGAUCUUCUUUCUUAUGGCUGCUCCCAUAUCUGUAUUUAUGGUCACUUUUAAUUUAUUGAAGAUUAUAGAAGGCAAAGUUACAUUUAUUAGAAUAGAACUGGCUCACACAUAAUCACGUAUACAAGUAUGGAGUUAGUCAAGAGCUGGUAACCACCCAAACAUCUGUUAGAUGGCAAAGGAUUAUGUAAUUAACCAAUGGAUGUACCCUAAGCCGCCAUCUUGAAUGCAUUCGAAUUAAGCAACUCACAUGGUCCUCUCACUCACCCUGUAUAAGUGUUCUAUUUGUCAGGAUUCCUUAUUGCUUUCGGUGUAUUCUCAAUAAAUGUGCUAGUACACACAAUUUACAAAGGAUGUGAAAGCCAGUAUAAUGUGGACUCUUUAUUCUUUCUUUUCUCAAUAAACAAAAAAAAUUACAUUUAAAUUAAAUUGUUUAGGUCUAGCGUCAAUAUUGUCUUGCAGAUAGAAACAUAUAAAAUAUUAAACGCCAGAUAUAUUUUCUGAGCACUUGCAUUGUGUCAUUGAGAGAUUGAACAGAAUGUAAGGGAUUAAACGAUUGAAACCUUUCCCACGUAUCAAACUUCACAUUUAGCACAUUUCUAAAUCCUGCGAACUGUAACAGCAUCCUUUUUUGUUGCUUCAAUCAGCAAUUACCCAAAAUAACUACAACUAAUUAAUAUCCAGGUUGCAUGCAGCAUAUGUCUCUUCUCAUGCUUUGCAGAAUCAUUGCUAAAUUCGGAGAUCUUUUGCCAGGUUACUAAUAUUUAAUUAUAUUUUCCCUAUUUGUAUUUAGUAUAAGCAGGUGGAGCAGUAUAUGUCGUUUCACAAACUCCCAGCCGACAUGCGCCAACGGAUCCAUGACUACUAUGAGCAUCGAUACCAAGGGAAGAUGUUUGAUGAGGAAAGUAUUCUGGGGGAGCUGAGUGAACCUUUGAGAGAGGUAAGACAUUCAAAACAAUUCUCAACUCUUAUCUAAGCAUAUGGUUUUGCUUUUAUUUUAAAAAUGUUGUACUCUCUUUGUCACCUGCUAUCAGAGGUGGGUCAGAAUGUGAGACAUUGGGACAUAUUGUUCUUGUAACGGACCGUUUUGCACACAAGGGGUAAAAACCGUUUAGGCGAUCGUCCCCCUUUCCAGAGAUGCAGGCACAGCUAUUGUAAAACACCAAACUCACGAACCGCCAAUAAGGGAAUGCUCCAAACUCCCGAACGGCAUCCAAUAUAGCACUCCAAACACACGAACUGGAACCAUACGAAUCACUGCUAGCAGACGAAUAGGAAAAGCAUCCAAGCGGCUUACACUCCUAGCAAUCAGUCUCUAUCAGCAUUCAGUAAAUCCCCCCAAAGACGAGACAAGGCUCCGUGUUGAGGGUCAAGCAGUGGUCUGUUUAAUGAGGGCUACCUGCCCAGUAUUUAUGCAGGUCUCCCACCUGGUGGACACUCCCCUAUGGGACCAAAUGGGAGACUGUGACAAAGGACAGACAAGUAGACAAAUAGGACACACAGUCACAUUAUAUUCCCACAAUGCAUCCUGGCUUCCUCCCCUCUGCCUUGGAGAUAAUUGAGUAAUUCAAUUAUCUCCCAAGACAAAGGCAAAUCGCCAUUAUGCACGUGGGGAUACUAACACACAAAUUAGUAUUAAAAUACACUAUGUGAAACACAUAACAUUAAAAGCAUACAUUUAACAUAUCCCCAGAUAGCUCAGGUCUGAGCGCACAUUAUUAAGCGAAUGGCACUCAGACCACACGAAUACAGUUUAAUCGCCAUGGAGCUAAAGCCUUUACACAGUCAGUUUCAUGCGAAUGGGCUCCAUGGGAUUCCUAUCUGGGGUAUAACACAUUCAAACAAAACUACCGAACACCGGGCCGUUCGUGCACUUUCACCGAACAAGAAGGGAGGUCGGCGGUUUCAGCUGUGUUCGCGCAAAACUGUGUCCGAUUUCAGUUCCAUGAAUUAAGCGUCGAACACCACUGUGCAUUCGCAUGUUUAAAAUGGCCGCGACCUCGUGUUCGUGAUACGAAUGGCGGCCACCCAGCAUUCGUCCAUUAAGCUGCGGUUAACCGCAGCUUCAGGGAGGCUAAUUGCCGGCACACUCCAGCUCCCAGGUGAUCCAGUCAUUUGUGCGGUUGUUCAGUAGAUUGAAUCUAGGCAGAAAAGAACAAUAAAUCUUUUCUGCAGGUAAAAAAGAUGUCUUUUAACACGGGGCCAUAGUCCAAAGGCAGCAGGCGGGCAACCAGGCUUCUCCAAUGCAAUGUGGCGAGAUUGGUCUCGUCACAGUUCUGAAACAAAAUUCUUUGCUUUCUGUGAAUUGUGCACUGUUGUGCUGCUGACAGAGUCCCUCUACCCCCUGUGUACAUAAAGGGUUGGUGAACAUCGGUGCUCACCAGCGCUGGAUCAGGCUCCUCCCCCUGAUGUCACAGUGAUUCGGAAAUCUAUUACACAUUUACGUCAAGCAUUAGGAAAGCAUUGAAUCAAUUUUCCUGUGGGGUUUUCAAAACACUGGACAUCCUCAUGCAAAGUGUGAGGAUGUCCAGCAUUGUUUCACGGAAUAAACCUAAUAGCUGCCUGAUAGACAGUCACUAGAGGAGGAGUUAGCCCUGUAAUAUAAGUUGUUUCUCAGAAACUACGAUAUAUUCCAGCUUUAAGGGGACAGCGGUACUGCAGUUGUAAGAGUGCCUAUAGUGUCCCUUUAAAAUUAAUUUUUACAGAUGUCUUAAUUGCUAAUUACUGUACAGUUCCUGAUUAUUUAACUGAUGAUACAGUCUUUACUGCUAUAACAGCCUAGUCUAAAACCUAAAAGUUUUGUACUUUAGUUAUUUAAUUUGUCAAUAAAUACCUACAGGUGCACAGCAUUGGGGUUCUUACAUGUAAUUAGCACUACCCAUAUAGAGUGUGAUAAAUUAUUUGCCUGAUUCCAUUUCUAUAGUUGUAAAGACCCUCUAUGUGUCAUGUUCUGGAAGCAACAGGAAUAGCUGGGUCAGUAAAUGUUCUGUUGACAAGAAUAUCUCUGUACUCUACACAGCUGAAGAAUGACCCAGACCUGGCAACAUGGCCAGGUCUUAAUAUUAGAUAAUUGAGAAACGGGAUAGAACCUGUGGGUGGGGGUCUCUGUGAUGCAAUUAGCUUAAUGGGCAAUGUGCUGCCCAAAAAUGGGGCACAUCGUAAUAGCACACGCAAAUGUGCACCAGAUUGACAAAGUACCCAGAAGGGCAGCCAAUCAGUGCUGUAGCGUUUGUAUAUGGGUUUAUAAUUUCCUGAAUUUAACUCUAAGUGCACCAUGAGCGCAGUUAGAUUGGCGCUUACACUCCACUUUCCCUCAGUUCUCUCAACAUCAGGUGCCAGGCUGUAAUUUGUAGGUAAAUUUGUGCUUCAUACAGAGAGACAGUGGGAUGCGGCAGGUCUGGAUCCCCCAAUUCGCCAGGUAAAGAGUGCAUGACAGUCUCUAUUUACAUCUAUAUACAAAAACGUGUCUGUUAGUCCACCCAUUGUACAGCGCUACGGAACUUGUUGGCGCUUUAUAAAUAAUAAUAACAAUCUACAGCGUCACAUCAACAGCAUACUGGGUAAAGUAAAGAACUUCAAAUUGAAGGUUAAAAUAGCCGAACAGAAAAAAUUCUCUUAGUCACUUCAGCUGCACUGGCCUUAAAUUUAAAAUUCUGGGAUUCACUUUGAAUUCUCACUGUUGUAAAUAAACCUGCCUGAGUUCCAGAAUACAUAGCAGUUUACGGGUAUUUCUUGCCAUGAUAACACAGAGACAUGUUUCUCUUCCUCUGUUUGUAGAGACCAUUUUAUGUAAAUUAUUAAUCAAGCGAACGGCCUGUCAUCUCACCACAGAUCCUAGAGUCAUUACACUUAACACUUAGACAUAGGUUAAAAUGCCAUGUGUUACUUCUCUGACAUGCUAAGAAAAUACAAGGUUAUAAUUCAGAUUUUAUACCGAAUAUAUGGACUGGCUUACAAGUAUGUGAUCCUUUUCUUAUUGUCUGUAGAUGCUUACUGUUAUUUUAACUCUCAUCUCAAGAUUUGGUGCAUGUGUUGCCUUGACAUUUAUAUGCCAUUUAUAUAUAUAUAUAUAUAUAUAUAUAUAUAUAUAUAUAUAUAUAUAUAUAUGUAAUAUUGUUGAAUUUUAUGUGAUAUUGAAUACGCUGUAUUUUAAGUUGCUGUGCAGUGAUAUGACCUUCUGCUCUUCUACAGGAAAUCAUUAACUUUAAUUGCCGAAAACUAGUGGCAUCGAUGCCACUGUUUGCCAAUGCUGAUCCGAAUUUUGUGACCUCAAUGCUUACGAAGCUACGAUUUGAGGUUUUCCAACCCGGAGACUUCUUAAUCCGAGAAGGGACCGUGGGAAAGAAGAUGUUCUUCAUACAGCAUGGUGUUGUCAGUAUCUUGAGCAAGGGCAGCAAAGAGACUAAGCUUGCAGAUGGUUCCUACUUCGGAGGUACGUAGAGGUUCAAUUCGUAAAAAUCUGUUAGAAAAGAGGGUCUUCUACUUCACUUGCUGAGACAGGGCAGGUCCAUGGCUGCCUUAUACAGUUUUCCAUAGGUUUAUAUUCGACUUGCCUGUGAAGCUGGACAAGAAAAUAUUAAGCGUGGCAUUCCGGCAAAGCAGAUGAACUGCAGCUGGGCACUGAUUAUCUGUUUUGCCUCUUCAUUCCUGCCUGUUACCCGUUAUUGGUGGGAGUGUGUGUUAGUAUCUUUCUGCACUUGUUGGCUGUCUCAUGAUUGAUGUAGCUAAUGUCACAGUGUUCAGUGAUUGAUUAAUGUUCCUACACCAGCUUGGUUGGAGACAGACAAUAACAAUACACAAUCAGUGUGAUGUUGAAAUGUAUAUGAUUAAGUGCUUUUUCCCGCAGAGUCACAAAUGAACAUUUGAUGCCAAACAUUAAAUGGCUGGGGUAGGAACAUGACACCUGACUUACUGCCUUCCUGCCCUCUGGUGGGGAUUCCUAAAGAACACUAAAAUGUUCUGUUUUUAAAUGGAAAGUUGCAUUUUUAACCAUAACAUUACAUUAUUUUGUCAUUAGUUACACCUGGGUCUUAAUGGCCUUUCUAUCUGUCUAGCCUUUCUUGGUUCUCUGGAAUAAUCAGAGUGAACUGCACAUCUUUGAACUUCAACACAAAUGUAUGCCACUACCACAGGGACAAAUAAUAUUAUAUUGCUACUGCAUUGCUUUUUUUUUUUUUUUUUACUAUGCAUGUAUACUGCAAACAUUCCAUUCUUGUUUUAUCUUUUGCAGAAAAGUUUUAAAGUUCUAAUAAUAGAAUGGUAAAUAAAAAAAAAAAAAAAUCUGCGUUGGCUAGUGAUGUUGUGCCUGCAUAUGAGUGUACGGAGGAAUGAUAGAUUAUGCUAGAUUAAGCUGACUACAAAUAGUUUGCUAAUUGUUUUGUGAUUGCCUUUCCUUUCAUGUCUUAGCAAGCACUGUUUAGUAAAAAAAGAGAGUUACAGUAGUGCAGUUUUUACCAUGCACAACAUUUAUAGCGAGUACAAGAGUUAAAUGCCUCAGUCAAAACAGAAAUGUAAUGUCUGGUAACUAUAUAAAACGCAUGUAAUAUGCUAUUAAUAUGCAGUGGUGGUUCUAAUUAGGGAUCCGAUACUGGUGAUAUGCAAAGACACCAUGAAAGAACACUAAAAAGAUAGGCGUAGUAUGACAAAGUAUUUCUGGUUAGAAUUCUAGGUUAGGUGGUACAGUUCUAGCCCCUGGCUUUUGCCCUGCAUCCAAGUUAGUUUCCAGUUAGCCUAGCACACACAAAAUACCAGUCUAACAAUCCCCCUUUUCACAUUAUGGCCCACCUAUCACCCUGUCGUGAGUUCAUACCACAUGAUGUUAGAAAUAUGUCACAAAGCUUACUGAUUGCUAUGUUUAGUGUCCCUAUAUAUUGUAGGGGCAGUCCCUAUUUUGGAGCCCACAUUCCUCCGUUAUAUCCUAUUGUCCCUCUUUUUUAGGAGCUCCAUAUUGUUGGUGCGUCUGUGUGUAUAACAGAGUUCCACGGCAUUAAUAUUCACAGUAAUGUGUCUUUAAACUACAAUAAAUGUGUUUAGACAUCAGUCUGUAAAGAGGAUACAUUUAGUUCCAUAAACUGUUACCAGUAAGUCACUUAACUCUUCUCAGAACAGCCUCGCCCAUGGACACCCCUCCAUUAAAACCCCUAAAAUUAAAGUCUCCCUGUUUGUCCAUUGGAAAUGUUGGAAGGUAUGUAUUAAGUGGUGUACAGACUUUCAUAUAAUAUGAAAAGAAAUAGACAUCAUGUUACUCACUUAACUUUGUACAAUUACAUUUUCACAAAUCUUCUACUUAACCAUAGGGUGGUCUGGGCAUUGUAAUACUAGGGUACCUACCCAAAUACUUGAACUCAUUAAAGGGACCUCGGUGCUGUAAUCAGGUAAGUAAAAGAGUUUUUAAUCAGGGGUGGCCAGUGAGAUGGAAGAACUCUAAAUAGUCACAAUAUAGUGUUCCUUUAAGAUGCUCUCUGAUCAACCUCUGUACUGAGCAGAGUUGGGAAUCAUUGAGAAGCUUUCGGCACUAGCCUCAGCUGACACUCUCAAUGACUGGUGCUUAUUGAGAGUAACUCUGUAUGUACUGUGCUCAUAAACGCAUAAAAUUAUAUAAAUAGCAACAGCUUUAUGAAACUAGUAACACACUGCCAUUUUAAGUUUUAAAUUUUUCUGUUACUCUCUUCUCAGAGAUCUGCCUGUUGACACGAGGUCGCCGCACAGCAAGUGUGAGGGCCGACACAUACUGCCGACUGUAUUCUCUGAGCGUUGAUCAUUUCAACGAGGUGCUGGAGGAAUACCCCAUGAUGAGGCGUGCCUUUGAGAGUGUUGCACUAGAUAGACUGGAUAGAAUUGGCAAGUAUAUUUUGUAAACAUUUUUUAAAUCUAAAUUCCCUUGCCCCUUAUAAUUUGUGCACCAUUCCUGGCAGAUUUACAUUUAAGUGUAACUAUGAAAGAUCCCUUGUUAGCAAGUGCACCAGUAUUUUUGUGUGACAAUUUUAUGGCAACAGUUUAAAAACUCAAAAAAUGUUUUACAAACCAAAAUUUGACAGCUUGUUAUAGUAUUAAUAAACAAGGUUAUAUGUAAAUGUAUAUAUAAAAUAUUAUGACAGAUCUUCUGUGACUACGGAAGCAUGAAACACCCUGGUGGGUUGGAGAGAUCUCUCCAACUUUUGGUUUUGUUUUAUUUUUUUUUAUUUUAUGCUGCCCGAAUAUUCACAAACCAUUAGAAUUUCUCUAAUGUGUCUCCAUACUAGCCUUUUACCCACCACAUAGAAAACUCAAGAGUUAUGCUAUAACGACCAAAUGUGAUCCAGAAUGUCAAAAUUCUGUUAAAAUUACCACAUUUCAAUUGUAAUUAUAAUUCUCAUAUUUACUUAAAAGGUUAUGGUGCCAUUAAUUAAACAAUUUUAGAAUUAUUUGAUUUCUUACUUGGUGUCUGACAAGCACCACUCUCAGCCUAUUCUGUGAGGUCUGAGAGCCAGAAGCUCCAAUAGCUGUGGGCUGUGGGGUGACCACCUCCAGGUUCCUCCUUCUAGUUAAUAUUGUCCAGUAACAGGUCUCCCAUUAUAAAUAAUUCUGCUUACACCUAUGGGCAUUGGGUACAAAUGAGAUGAAACCAGGGUCAUGUGGUCCCCCAUUUAUUUAGCACCCCCAGAAACAGAUCUUAUUCUCAUAUUAAAGUUUAUUAGACAUUCGCCAGCCCUUGGCAUGUCAGAUGGAGGUUUAAGGAGGACUUUAUCCUCCCGAUAGUUAGUGAGAUCCAUAAUGAAAUAAUCCAGAUUUUCAGGUUCUGCAUGCCCUUGGGCAGGGGCGUACCUAGAGCAUUUGGCACCCGGGGCGGAUCCUGUGCUUGACUCUGGGCAUUUCAACUUUAGUGAAUAAUCCUGUAUAUGUUUAUCUAAGCAUUUUAUUUUUCCCCUAUAAAAUCUGCGUUGUGAUGAGCAGACAUAUACUGCCAAAUGAAAUGCCAAAAAAAUAAAGUUGGAUUUUUAUUUUGUCAACUUGUUUUUUACCUUUAUGUAGAAUUAACAGGUUCAUAUUAUGAUAUAUAUUGCAAUCACCAUAUACAUAAUUUUGAGUCAACAAUAGACAUUAUCAAAAACUGCUCUUCAUUACAUUUUACAGGUAAAAAGAACUCUAUUCUCCUGCAUAAAGUGCAGCAUGACCUCCGCUCUGGGGUACUAAACUACCAGGAAAACGAAAUCAUACAGCAGAUUGUGCAACAUGACCGUGAGAUGGCGCAAGGACCCCGUUGCACCCAAACAGAAGAGGACACUUCAGCAACACCACCAACUCCAGUUAUCUGGACACCGCUCAUACAGGCACCUCUACAGGCUGCAGCUGCCACCACAUCAGUGGCCAUCCCUCUUACCCAGCAGCGACUACCCGCUACUAUAUUUCGACCUCCACCGUCUGCUCUAGGUGCCACAGCACGUGGAUUUCGUCACCUUCAAAGAGCCCCAAUUUCCACACACCCACCAGGUGCAGAACUGACACUGCUGCAGCAGUCUUCUUUUCAUGUGCACCAGCUAGCAGGCUUUUCUGCGGUGGGUUGUGUAAGCCCAAGACCCCCACUUUCUAUGCCAGGUGUGGAAAGAAGGGCAUCACAGCAGCCAGGCCCUUCCUGCACUCCACCAACUGCAUUUGAGUCUACAAAGUGGCCACCAGGAGCAGACACCCCUCUUACUUCCUUUAAACAAGGACUAUCACAAUCAUACCAGCAACUCCCUUCUCCCUCUCCUGGACAAUGUCAGGGUGUCAAUACACAGCUACCAGGUCCCACUAUACCUGGAGGUUCAGAGCCCCUAUGGGUGUUACCCCCUCCAGGACAGAAAUCAGACUCUGUUGGGAGCUCUCCCUCCACUCUUAGUCCUGGCCUUGUCCGGACCAUUCAGGUUUGCGGUUCUUCGCGAUCUCUUCUCCUUCCACAUACUGCUGCAGUUUCCCCUCAUCCAAGCAGCUGUGUUUCCCUUCCCCUUAACAGGCUCAGGCAAGAUGGACGGCCCAUCUCUGUGUCACAGCCCUCCUUACCCCAGCCAGCACCAGGUUCCCCUCAUUUUCCACAGCAAUUCACACCCGACUUCACCUUGCUCCCUAGGGUUGGCAGCUCAGAAUUAUCACGCCAUGUGACUUUACCACGAAAAGGGUCCUCAGAAUUAGGUUUUGGUGUAAGGGGCGCUAGUGGAGAAGAUCUACCUUUGUACUCUAAACUCCCUUGUAAUCUAUGACCAUGAUCAUUGCUAAAGAUCUGCAGAAUAACCAUGCCAUGUCCCAGUCACAUACCUGCGUAAAAUUAUUGUAUAAACAAUGCUCCCUGGAAAUCUAAAGAGUGCUCUAAUGUUCCAGUGAGGAAAAAUCAGGAGGUAUGUGAGCACAUAUUUUGUAGUAAAAUUUGGCUAUAAAUAAAUAGAG